AUGUGUGACACCUGUCAAUGUCAGAAGUCCCGAAGCGCCACAAAGUUGACAUCUUCGACAUCUGACCAUGGACUGACGUCGUGGGGCCGUGCCAAGCUCUCGAAACAUCUCCACAAUCUUCUCUUCGCGAUACAUCCAACACCCACAAUCACGGCCCCUCCACCAUUCCUCUCCCCAAAUCUCCCCCAAAAGACCACCCACGACAACUUCACCAUGCUCACAAGGAGCGCGCUAUGCCCCACGAGGGCCUUUGCAACCCGCUUCACCCCCGCCAUACUCGCCCCAUAUUCCACGUCUGCGUCAUCCUUUCCCGCCAGCACACGACCCGCCAAGCAGCAGCAGCAGCAGCAACAACACCAACGGACGCCUUUCACCCCACGCGUCACAUUCUCGAGUCGAAUUUCCCUCCGCAGUGCAUCAUCUGCGCCCUCACAGUCCGCGCCCGGCUCUGCAUCGCCCGCGCAGCCUCAACUCACAUGGGACGCCUUCUUCGCUCUGCGCCGCACGCGCAGGAGAAUUGGACAGGCUUGCUCGGUCAUAGGUGCGGCGGGUGUGACGUACUAUGGUCUGACGACCAUGAUCAACAAUGGCUACGACGCGACGCUGUCUGCGCAACUGGGCGGAUUUGACCCCUUCAUGCUCAUGGGGUUGAGUACGCUGGGGAUGAUGGCUGUGGGGUGGCUGAUUGGACCUGUUUUUGGCAAUCAGGUGUUUAAUUUGGCGUAUCGGGGUGUGCUGGCCGAGUUUACUAGGAAAGAUACAACCUUCUUCAACCGCAUCAAGCGCCACCGUGUCGACCCAACAGCUUCAUCGCUUGCAAAUCCCCCGCCAGACUACUACGGCGAAAAGAUCAGUAGUGUAGCAGGGUACCGACGGUGGUUGAAGGACCAGCGCGCCUUCAACCUCAAGACCGGACGCUACAAGGGCGCCAUCAAGUCCCAAUAG